AUGUUGAGGGAAUGUGGUGAUCCCCCAAAUGCGUUUACAUUGUAUAGCAUGUUGAAGGUUUGCAAGGGGAUGGAUUCACUUUCUUGUGGGGCUUUGGUUCAUGGGUUGGCUCUUAAACAUGGUUUAGAUGGUUGUUCUUAUGUUGAUAAUUGUUUGCUGGAUAUGUAUGCUACUUGUGGCGGUAAUAUAGAUGCUGCAUGCACAGUUUUUCAAGAUAUGGAGUUUAAGAUCCCUGUGGCGUGGACUAUUUUGAUCACUGGGUACACUCACCGCGGUGAUGGUCAUGGAGAUUGGAGCUCUACAAGUUUUUUGACAAAUGUGGAUGGUAGGUGUAAUUUGUUUUCUGAAGCACGUCUAUGUUUUUAUGGAAUGAUUCAGAGAGACUUAGUUACUUGGAAUAUUUUUAUUGCUGGAUAUGAAAUGUUGCAUCCAAAUGAGUCCCUGUACAUAUUCUCACAGAUGGGAUUAGAGGGGUAUCGUCCCAACAGCUUCACAUAUUCAAGCAUUAUAGUGGCAUGUGCUAAUUUAGCAGUUUUGGGUUGUAUACAGCAAGUUCAUGGAGGGAUCUUCUAA